AUGAACCGCCCGAAUCCAUUUGCGUCCAACAGCUUCUUCAAGCCAGCGUCUUCGCUCCUUGGGUCCUCGAACAGCUUCACUAAAGCAUCGCGUCAGAGAAGUCUGUCAUUGGACUCGGAUACCGAAGCCCAGCGCCAUACCCCUGAGCCACCAUCUUUAUCAGCUAUCAUGAACGAAUCACCUACUGCGUCAACCUCUGGAGCACAGCAAAUGAUAGCAAGCCCUACGAUCCCUCUCGUCGAUAUGUCACGCUCUCCGUCACCGUUCGCAAAGGCCAAAAGUGCCGCACAAUUUGAAGAUGACGAGGACUACGAGAUGCGAUCCAUGUCUCAAACCAGACACUUGGUCGCAAAGGACAAUGCUGCUAGAGAACAAAGCAGCACACAACGCAUCUUCCAAAAAGGUGGAAUUGGUCAAUUCUUGUUCGGCACUGCUGUGGGCUGGCGCGUCUACUUGGCCUUGUUGGUCNNUUUUUGGGUCGGAGGCUGUCAAUUUGGUACGCUGCUCAUGAACAGAUUCAUCCUCUGGACGGGUACAUACAAGUUCCCUUACCCACUCACCCUCACGCUCUUGCAACUCUGCAUAACGCAUGUGUUUUUGCUUGGCUUUGCUGCUCUGACCAGAGGACUUGCUUCGCCCCUAAGAAGCAUCGGGCUGGGUGCCAUUGUCGCUCCUUCUCAAGCAUACAACAGGGGCAACAGACCCACACGAUAUACCGGAGGCUUGAAAACCAAGUCUGUAUUCAGCAACAUCUCGCACUGGUUCCUUCACGGCUCUGGCGGCAUCGCAGGAGGUGGUCUAUUCGAAUAUCAGCGCAACACAGCCAAGCAUGUCUUUCCUGUCGCCAUCGUCUUUCUCGCCAAGACCGUCUUAUCCAACAUUUCCUUUGCAUACGCCGUCAUGCCCAUGUACAUGGUUUCGAGAAUCGCCGUCAUUCCUUUGACUUUGAUCUUCACUGCCAUCUUGCUUCGCCAACAAAAUACGAUCCAGACCAUGUCAGCAGCCAUGAUCGCCACACUAAAUCUACUCAUGACCAGUAUACGGCCCGGAGAGCGCGACCCCUGGGAGUCAGUAGUCGCCGGUAUUUCCAGCUCAAUUUUCGUCGCUCUAUACCCCAUCCUUCUUCUGCGCGGUUAUCGCCGACUAGUCUCUGAUCUAAUACCACAAGGCGAUCGACUAAGCGCUGCAGACUCAAACUCUGCAUCCAUCAACACAGGCACCAAAGAAGAAACACGCGCAUACUGGAGAACCCUCCACUACACCUCUUGCCUCACAAUAACCCUCCUCAUCCCCUUCGUCCUCCUCUCGGGCGAACUCCAACAGAUUAACCGCAAUUGCUAUUUCUUGGACGUACCUUGGUUUUGGUUCCUCAUGUCUUGCGCAGGUCUAGGUGGCUUUGGAGUCUUUUCGUCGUUUUUGCUGUUGGUAAAGGCGACGUCGCCGGUGUCUGCGAAUUUUGUUUCGGUGCCCAGGAGUGUGUUUCAGAUUGUCGUGUUGAGUAAAUUCAAAAUGCCGGCGCACAGUUGGGUUGGUGCUGGGUUGUGUGUGCUUAGUUGUGCGUGGUAUUGUGUUGCUAGGAUUAGGGAUGGGAGGGGUAGAGGUGGGUUUGGUGUUUGA